AUGCAUCUCGACCUUUUCAUCCUUACAGCAUUGCCUGUUCUGGCGAGAGCUUUGCCAAACAGCUCAUAUGGAGGAAAGCCAUUGAAGGUUAACACGAGCUCUGGCAUCUUUUCCCCCUUCUUUGAACCAUCGUACCCGAAUGUGGCCGCAUUUCUUGAUAUCCCAUUCGCAGAGACUCCGGUCGGAGACCUCAGGUUCGCGCCACCUAUUGCAAAGAAGUAUUCUGGAGAUAAAGUCAUUCAGCCAACGAAACUUCCACGGGGAUGUAUCCAAUACGUGCCUCUGUUGCUCAGAGGCACUGUUGCUGAUAGCCUCGUUACUGCUGCCAACUUCCAGCGUGGAGACUACGCGAACACCACUGAAGAUUGUCUGAGACUCUCUUUAUUCGCACCCAAGAAAUCUAUCGCCGAAAGCAAAGGCGCGAAAGAUGAACGGCUACCCGUCGUGAUAUGGGUUCAUGGAGGUGGCUAUAUGAUUGGAGGCACCAACGUCCCAUAUCAGCUUGCCCAACCCUGGGUUCAGCGAAGUCAGAAACACAUCGUUGUACAGAUCCAAUACCGGCUCAAUAUCCUCGGGCUACCGAACGCUGCUGGCUUAGCAGAAGAAGGAGAGAAUCUGAACCUUGCGCUGCUUGAUCAACGUCUAGCUGUCGAAUGGGUGCGCGAUAACAUUGCUCGAUUCGGCGGGGAUCCCAACCGCAUCACGCUCUGGGGCGAAAGCGCAGGGGCAUACGCUACAGAUGGCUAUCUGUUUGCCUGGACUCGUGACCCGAUCAUCAAGGGUGUCAUAGCCGAUUCUGGAAAUGCCCUUGCGAUUGAGGGAAGUCUGGGCGAUGCCAAAAAUCAUAGCACCUUUUCUAUCGCCGCAAAACAUCUAGGUUGCGGCGACCUGUCACCGAAAAAAGAGCUGCAGUGUAUGAGAGGUGUCCCGGAGGACAGGUUCAAGGAGUAUCUCCAAGCAGAACUCGGCCAAGGAGGUGCUGCUGAUGACGGCCUCAGCUUCUCACUCAUUCCUGACAAUGUCAGUGCUUUUACCAACUACACCAAAAGAAUCACUGCAGGGUCAUCCGAGUUCCCAGCAAGCAUUCCACUUUUGAUUGGAACAAACACGAAUGAAGGUGCUGCUGUCAUUCCUUACAACUUUCCAGGCUACGAAACAGCAACAGAGAUACCGGCCAACCUCAAGCCAAUUGCUAAUGGGUUUGGUCUCAAUCUGCAAUGCACUACCCUCAAAGAGAAUCGCCUGAGGUCCGAAGCAGGUGCCAGAACUUUCCAGUAUCUCUAUGCGGGUAACUUCACCAACAUCUCCCCUGUGCCCUGGCUGGGCGCGUACCAUACUGCUGAAUUGCCUCUUAUCUUUGGUACUCACGGCAUCGAGGACCCGUCAACCAAAUUCGAGCGCAUGGUCAGUGAGAGAAUGCAAGAUCUUUACCUUAAGUUUGCCAGUGACCCUGUUCAUGGCUUGGAAAAGGAUGGAUGGCCGGCAGCACAGGCAAAAUCAGGCAGGUCGAAGCUUGUCAAGUGGGCGGGGAAUGGCAAGGUUGAGCGGAUCGUCAGUGCCAAGAAGUUGAUCAACGAAUGCACCAGGAACGGAUUUGCUGUAUGA